GGAACUGCUCGGGUUUGGAUUUCAGUGUUCGGAGAGGUUUUGGCACAAAGAGGACGAUCAUCACCCCCCGCUCUGUUUUGAUUUGAUUUUGGUUUAUUUUUUUGGACAUGCACGUGCUUUUCUAAGUGCUCGAGGCGAACUUUGAGGCGCAUUAAAGGCUGCGGGAUGUACACGGCCGGGCUCAACCCGUUUUACGCGUCAAGCUUCAGCCUUUGGUCCGCGUACUGCGCGGGGAGCUUCGCUGUGGAUCCGGUGAAGAAACCCUCGUUCUGCAUCGCUGAUAUUUUACAGGCUGCUGAUGGGGCGGACGGCGGGCCGGGAUCGUCGGCUCUUGUGAUGCACGUGGCGCACCACCACCAUCACCACCAACAGCAGCAGCAACACCAACACCGUGCGCAAGGGCAUUCCGGGAGCUCGCCGCUGCGGCCUUCUCCGGUUGCGCCCGACGCGUCGGUGUUCAGCGCGAGGUCGAAUCCGGCGUCUCCGUACCACCGACACGGACUACAGCUGACCUCCGUCUCCAGGACGACGUUUAACUCCCAACAAGCUCCUCCGCCUUCCAGCAAGGACCUCAAAUUCGGAAUUGAUCGGAUAUUGUCCACAGACUUUGAUCAAAAACAUAAAGACAAGUCCUCCCUGAGAGACCUCACGUCCAUCGUCAGCCCGAGCCAUCAGUCAGGGCUCCACAUCCCCAUCCAGACGCCGGCCAGCCAGUACUUCUCCUCCAUGGAUCCCACCACGGGCGACGCCUCCUCCAUGAUAAGCUGCCUCGGCGGCAUCGGUGGCAGCAACAGACCGUCGGGGCCACAUCAGUUCCAGGACACCUUCCCAGGCCCGUAUGCCGUCCUCACCAAAGACACGAUGCCGCAGACGUACAAGAGGAAGAGGUCGUGGUCGAGGGCGGUGUUUUCAAACCUGCAGAGAAAAGGUCUGGAGAAAAGAUUUGAAAUCCAGAAGUACGUCACCAAGCCGGACAGAAAACAGCUGGCGGCGAUGCUCGGGCUGACUGACGCUCAGGUGAAGGUUUGGUUCCAGAACCGGCGCAUGAAGUGGAGACACUCCAAGGAGGCGCAGGCCCAAAAAGACAAAGACAAAGAGGAGCAGGAAGACAAACGUCCGCAGGAGGCCCUCAAGGAGCGGGCGGAGUCCGACUGCGACAGCGACGGCAGGAGCGAGUGCGACUCCGACGAGCCUCAGGAGGAGGAGGAGGAGGAGGAGGAGGAGGACGAGGAGGGCGACGGCUCCGGACAUUUGGACGUUUGCGAUCACAAUAAAACCAGCGUGAUCAUGAGCGGGAGCAGCGCGGAGCCGCCGUGCGCGGAGCCGCCGUGCACGGACACCUCCGCCAUCGUCAUAUAAGAAAAACAAAACAAAACCUUUAUGAUGUCACAGAUGAGAGGGAUGCGGCACACGCGGCGUGAAUUAAGAGCUUUGAUCCUGGGAAAAAGUGGACAAAACCUCCAGUUUAUUGCAUAUUUAUUACAAACACCAUCUUCACAUCUUAUUGCCAUUUAACCAAGUACAGCUUAGGUCAAUUUCAAAGUCAGGUUUCUGUACUUCCUCAAACUUUACUGUGGCUCCAUGUGUCCUUUUUGUUCAGGAAACAGGUUAUGAGGUUAUGAACCACUUGUUUCACAUCACAGUGUUAAUGCAGAUGUGUUUGUGCCAUUUUGUUAAUAAUAAUUUGCACUGAAAAUAUUGUAAAUAAAAUGUUUCUCACUUUGAAA